CAUCAGCGAAACACGUUUUAAUCGCACUGUUCCUGUGCAGCGUUUGACCGCAUGAACUUGAACUUUUUUUUUUGACGCACUAUCGGACAUCGGUCAGUUGUGUUAAAAUUCUACAAUAUUUUGUGGUGUGUUUUACCAGCCUUCUGAGAAAUUUUGAAGAAAAUUCCAUGAAUUUCCGAGAAUAAUUUUGGCAGCAUGUGUGAUUUUUAUAUUAUCGUCUGCAAUUGUUUUCGCUUAGAGAAAGAAAAAGGAUUUGAUGUGUAUACGGCUUUAUGUGACUUUUGAGGUUCGAACUCAAGUUUUUCGUGCAAUAUCAAAAGGACUGGACUAUUCUUAAUACUAAAUACUGCAAAAUCACAAAGAAGAGCGGCAAAUUUUCUUUAGUCAGGUAGAUUUCCUUUCUACAACUUGUGCAAAAUGGCUUAGAAGACCACUGUCCGAAAUUUCUUUACUCCACAAUUUGAUCCGAAAAUGCUGUAUCUAACGAAGAUAGAACCCCAUCCUCCGGAUGAUAGGACGCUCUUCUAGGGAGGUAUGACCUCAUCAAGUCUCUAGAAUGGAAGAUGCUGAGAGCUGGGACCUGAACUCGAUCCGGGAAGAGACCUUCGACGAGUUGGCCGUCUACCUGGUGAGGGACCAGCCAUGUGACGACAACUGUCCCAACAGGGCAGAGGCCAGCCUGCCCAGGAAUCUCGUUCUCAAGGCCUCACCCUCCCUCGGAGGAAAUGUUCAGGGCAUUUGGAGCACUGAUUACAUACCCAGAGGUACCCGCUUCGGACCUUUGGUCGGCGAAAUUUACAGACAAGACGAAGUGCCACCCGAGGCUAAUCGGAAAUUCUUCUGGAGGGUGUAUUGCUCCGAAGAGGACUUUUACUAUAUAGAUUGCUUGGACGUUAAGAAAUCUAAUUGGAUGAGGUACGUCAACCCCGCCUAUUCCACAAAAGGCCAAACUCUAGUGGCCUGCCAGAUCAAAAGGCAGAUUUACUUCUAUACAUGUAGGCCAGUGUUACCCGAUGAAGAACUUACGGUAUGGUACUGCAAAGAAUUUGCACAGCGCCUGGGAUAUCCACUCACUGGAGAACUAAUGCUAAAAAGAAUUCGUCAGCAUAUGGAAUUAGGAUCAGGCAGCCAAAAUCUGGAAUAUGGCAGCAGCGAAGUAUACAUUCCCAACGAUGAAAAUAAAAUGCCACGUUUACCACCUGAAUUACCUGCUCUCCCACACGAUGACCACGCACAGAGUGGGGAAGGUUGUGAAAAAGAUAGUUGUGCUAGAAGUGACGAAGGCUACCACAGUCAUGGAAGCCACGACGAUCCACUAACUCCCCCAGAAGGUGAUAUCUCAGACGAAGACUGUGCUUUGGACUUCAGCACGAAAGAAAGAGAAGUGGUGUCUGCACUCACCUUACUCCAAGAAGGAGCAGGUCGUCGUGAAGAAAAGCAAGGCGAACAUGAUGAUGCUCAUUCGGAUGAUCAAGAUGAUGAAGAUUACAGUAAAUUUCGAGAAGCUAAGUUCAAAAUGUGCAAAGCCUUCAAAUACAGAAACAGAACAGAGAAGCCAUACGAUAGAGAUAAAUCUGAUGAAGAUAGUAGUAAAGCACCAUUUUCAUCUUCGACGCUUAAUGAGAAACAAUUGAUAAGCUUCCAGAAACCUGUUAUCGUUGCACCUAUACCACAACGGCAAGAGCAUGCCAUGAAACCACUAGAACACAUCGAGGAAAAAAGCGCAUCAGAACCAGCGUCUAGUAAUCUGCUUCAAGAUGGGCUGUCAAAGCGUGAAUCAUCGGCGUUCGUAGCUUAUGAAAGUAGCUCCGCUAAGGCAUUAAGAUCCAUUAUGCCCAGCAGUUUACCUUUACCUCCACCAGUUUUGCCACAACAGGAUGAUGUUCCCCCACCUGGAAUUUUAGAGAACUUACUCUUAAGGCAAAGAAAUGACGUUGGUCGGACUCCUCCUGAAGGUCCACCGCAUCUUCCAUACUCACGCCCACCGCCCAUUACUGAACCCGUUCGCGUAAUUGUAUCCAACGACAUCUCAUCAAGAGCAGAUUCACAAAUCAGCAGCACCCAUCAAUCACCAUCGCGUUCUGAGCAGCCAAUGCCAGUUUACCAGCCACCAAAAAAAGGAGCUCUUGCGCCAUAUGCAGGAGGUUCUAGCCCAGAGAUGAGAAGUCCUGAUUCCACAGAUAAAACCCCCGCUGCUAUGAACAGGCACAGCCCACCUUAUCCCUUGGCAGCUCCAUCCGCAAGCUACGUAUACAGCAUGCCACCGAUGUUUUCCCCGGCACAUUUCAAUAUGUACGCUUAUUCCCUAUCGGCAGAAGGACAGACCAAUGGCUUCGGCCCCAAACCAUCUGAAUACGCUCAAAAUCCUCAUCACACCCAGCCAUCGUUUUUAUCUCGCGUUCCUCUCAAGCCGAAAUCCCCCUAUGCAAAUGGCCUACCAUCUCCCAAUCAUAAUCAUCACCUCCAAAGCCCAUCGCAAUCCCCAUCACAUAAUGGAGGUUUCCCAAUGAAUGGCCAUGGUUAUCACCAAAUGCGAGAUCCCAACUUGAGUAGUCCCACCGACUCGACAGGCAGUCAAUCUAGUGCUCGUGGAUAUCGGUCUCUGCCAUAUCCUCUCAAAAAGAAGGAUGGAAAAAUGCAUUACGAAUGUAAUAUCUGUUUGAAAACCUUCGGACAACUAUCAAAUCUCAAAGUUCACUUGAGAACCCACUCUGGAGAGCGUCCCUUCAAGUGCACAGUCUGCACCAAGAGCUUCACGCAGCUGGCACAUCUCCAGAAACACCAUCUAGUGCACACGGGAGAAAAGCCACACCAAUGCGAAGUCUGCAAGAAGCGUUUCAGCAGUACCAGCAAUCUCAAAACCCACCUAAGGUUGCACAGUGGCCAGAAGCCAUAUGCGUGCGAUUUAUGUCCAGCCAAGUUCACUCAGUUUGUGCAUUUGAAACUGCAUAAGCGACUGCACACCAACGAACGGCCGUAUACUUGCCAGACCUGCAAGAAAAAGUACAUCAGCGCUUCAGGCUUGCGAACUCACUGGAAGACAACGUGCUGCAAGCCGAAUGAGGUGCCUCUGGAGGGUAUGGACUUGGACAAGGUGUACGACUACAUGUCGUCUGAGGACUACAGCAAUAUGGACGAGAGUGAAGGGGAGGACUUGUCAGAAAUUAUUGACCAUGGGGAGGAGGAGCGAUCGCCAUCACAAGACUGUCAUUCCUCUAUGACCAUGCAUAUCCCUCGCUCCUCCGGUGAAUGUGUGAUGGCUAAUUGAAAAAAACACUCGCAACUGGAGAUAGAUGAACUAACUUAUUUAUGUGGGGAAAGCGGGACUUUUUCCAGCUUAACUAUCAAGUGAUACGAAUGAUUACUUAUGUAUUUGUUACUGUUAUUCCUUCUUCUUUUCUUCAUCUGGAUGUGUGAAUGAAUGAGCGAAUGUACAAAAAAAGAACCUUCCUUUAUUUAUUGAAAUCAUAAUUUUAAGAAUGUGUCUGUGUUGGCUUA